AUGGACGGCAUACCUGGGUGGCUGAGGAGUCGAAGUAGUGCUCACGAUGAUAUUCUCGCCACGGGAAGCGUGUACGGCGUUCCCAGGCAGGACAGGUCCAAGACGGUGGGGCCGAAGCGCUGUCUCAGUGUGACGUGCAACGGCGCAACCACCGACGGAUGCGAAUGUGUUCGUCAAAAGCGUGAGCUGGUGAUUCACCUUGGCAAUGGCUUGGACGAGAUCACCGGCGGUGGCUACGUUCGCAGUGAAAGUGUUGGCGUAUUCUUUCUUCAACGGUUCUCUGACGCCCGACGUGUAUAUGCCAAAGUCGUCAAUGCCUACGCAAAUUCAGAUGGUUUCAAGGAACAAGGUGUCCCAUUUCCUUCGGCCUACGGGCAUGAGAAGCUCCUCCGUGAUGCAUACGCUGAAGUCAACGUGGACCCACGAAAAGUAGUUUAUGUCGAGACACAUGGAACUGGAACCAAAGCUGGCGGCAUAAGUGAGCUGGAGGCAAUCAGCAACGUCAUUUGUUCGCCUGGGCGCGAGAACUCACUCAAGAUCGGAUCUGUCAAGAGCAACAUGGGGCACUCAGAGAGUGCUUCUGGUGUCCCCGCUGUGGCCAAAGUGAUACUCGCCAUGGAGACGGGAACCAUAGCGCCCACCCUACACUUUGAAAAUCCGGACCCGGACAUGCCCUCUUUGCACGAUGGACGCGUGGAGGUAGUUGCCAAGCUGACGCCAUUCGACGGGGGCAUGGUAGGCCUGAGUUCUCAGGGAAUCGGCGGUGCAAACGCACAUGCAAUCUUAGAAUCCAAUUCAAGUCCACAUGUGGACUCCCUUCCGCGCUUGAAACCGGAGCUUCCUAGGCUUGUUGUUAUGGCUGGAAGAAGCAGCGACUCGCUAAUGCGCACACUGGAUCGAGUUGAAGCCGAAUCACCGUACCCGGACUCCGGGUAUGCCCUCCUGAACCGUGUCGGGCAGCCAAACAUGAAACUGUUCCCGUAUCGAGGCUUUGCAAUCGUACCCAUGGACAACUCGAACAGGACAGUCGUUAAGGUAGCCGAGCGGGCUCCAUCUGAAAGACCACCCCUCUGGUUUAUCUUCACUGGCAUUGGCUGCCAGUGGAACGGCAUGGCACGCCAGAUGAUGCACUUCGAAGUCUUUGCUGAAUCUAUCCGCAAGUCCCACGCAUUACUGCAAGAGCAAUUCGGAAUCGACCUGAUCGAUCUGGUGACUUCCGACGAGCCCCGGUGUAAGACAAUAUCGGGAUCUAUUGUCUCCAUUGUUUCAUGUCAGAUAGCGCUAGUGGACGUGCUUCAGGCUUUGGGAAUCCAACCGGACGGCAUGGUGGGUCAUUCCGCCGGGGAGAUUGGCUGUGCAUAUGCGGACGGAUGCCUUACCACCGAGCAGGUUCUGCUGUCGUCCUACUGGCGAGGCCGCUGCAUAGAACUCGGCUAUACUUUCGAUGGUGCCAUGGCUGCAGUAGGACUCACGUGGGAAGAGGCGACGCGACGUUGCCCCCCGGGUGUGUCACCAGCAUGCCACAACGCGGAAGAUUCUGUAACAGUGUCUGGUCCUAUCGAAGCCGUAGACAAGAUGGUCGCUCAACUUCAAGCCGAGAACAUCUUUGCCCGCAAGGUCAACAGCUUCGGCGUGGCUUUCCACAGCAAGCACAUCGAAAGCAUCGGUCCUGCCUUCCGAGAAGUCCUAAACAAGGCGAUACCCCACCCUAAGCCACGCAGCAAGCGCUGGAUCAGCACAUCGGUGCCAGAGAGCCGUUGGCACGAACCUGGCUCGCAGCUCUGUUCUGCUGAGUACUACACCAACAAUUUCUUGAAGCCCGUGCUCUUCCGGGAUGCCCUCAAGCAUGCUCCCAAGGACGCCAUCUUGCUGGAGAUCGGACCACACUGCCUUUUGCAAGCGAUCCUGCGACGUGCUGUAGGCCCUGACGCUAGUUGCCUGGGCCUCAUGAAACGUGACGCUGACAACCUACAGUAUUUUCUGAGCUCGCUGGGAAAACUUCACACUCUUGGAGUCGAGAUGGACUUGUCCGUGCUCUAUCCUCCAGUUCCGUGGCCCCUGCCCCGCGGUACGCCCAACAUCGGCCACUUGAAGUUUGAAGAUAUUAUGGAAGUUGACAUCGAAGCAAACAGCGACGACAAGUACUUGGUCGGUCACCAGCCUGAUGGACGUCUCCUAUUCCCUGGUACCGGCUACUUGGUUUUUGUAUGGAAGUUCCUGUGCAGCCGCUAUGGAAAACUUAUGAACGAAACGCCUGUCAUCAUCGAGGACUUGAGGAUUCAGCGUUUCACGAUCCUGCCUCUAACAGGUCGCGUGCGCUUCCAGAUCAGCAUGAUGCCUACAUCAGGCGAGUUUGAAGUCUCCGAGGGCCGAGCUGUGGUUUGCAAAGGUCGGAUCCGCAUGGCCGAACAAGGCGAGACGGUGCUCCUCAAUGACCCUCUGGCAGCACCUGCAGAGACCGUUGCGUACGAUAUGGACUGUGCGGACGUUUAUAAGGAGAUGAGACUGCGUGGAUACCAGUACUACGGAGCCUUCCAGGCUACCCUCAAGGCUGACUCACAGAGUAAGGGUUAA